UCACACAAGUUCAAAAAGGGUGUCAUUUUCUUACACAAAACCUUAAGAAAGAAAAAGUGGAUAGUGAUAGAAAGCAAAGUGAGAGAAAUAUAUAUAUAUACCACUAGCAGUAUUGUAUUGUGGAUAUCUAUUUGGUUGAGUUGCAUGUUAUACAAAAUACUACAAAGUGUAUUUAAUUGAAUUAUUUUAAUGUUAGUUUUAGAAGUGAAAAAUGAAAUUGAAAGCAAAAGCCAUGCCAGAUAAAAUGGGAAAGAGAGAUAAAAUAUUGUUGUUGUUGAAGAAGCAGAUUAUGCUUAUAAUGUUUAUGGAGAUUAGAGCCACUAUACUCUUCCUUUUUCUCCUUUUCAUUUUUGUUCUCUUUGUUCUUUAAAUCAUUUAACAAUCAACUUUUUUUUUUUUGUGUGUGUGUUUGCUUGAUCUGGAUUCUUUUGUUUGACACUUUUCUUGAAGUGUUUUUUUUUUUUUUGGUUAGUUUUAACUGUUUUGUGUGAGUGCCAAGUUCUUGAUUUUGUGUUUCUUGAAGUGGGGUUAUUUUUUUCUUGGAGUUUUUAGUUAGUGUUAACUGUUUUUAUUUGAGUGCCAAGUUCUUGAUUUUGUGUUGCUUGAAGGCGUUCUUUGUUUUUUGGUAAGUUUUAACUGUUUUAUUUGAGUAUCUAGUUCUUGAUUUUGUGUUUUUUUUGAAGUGGGCUUUUUUUCUUCUUCGAGUUUUUGGUAAGUUUAACUGUUUUAUUCGGGUACCAAGUUUUGAAUUUUGUGUUUUUUUUCCAAUGAAAAAUUGGAUAUUGGGAACUAUUGUUGAAGAUUCUGGGAUUGGUUGAGCUUUGUGUCUUUAGUUUGGUCAAAAGCACUUUAAUUUUACUCCUUAUUUGUUCAAGAUUUUAUACUUCCUAGUCCAUGCCAUUGGUGUACGUACCAAAAGACUUGGUUUGACUAAAUUACUGUCAUCUGUUUUCCCCCUCCCCAGUAUUUAGUGAUUUUUUGGGGGAAAAAAAAAUAAAAUUACCAACUGUAAAUUGCAGAAAGGAAAAAGAAGAAUCCACCAUUUUUGUUGUGGGUUUUAAUAGUUUCCAUUGUGUUUAGAUAUAGACAGAUUAGGAGAAAAAGUCAUAAACUUUAAUCAGUUUGAGGUAGAAUUGGUUAUCAUGCUUGGUGGGGUUGUUUGUUGCCAGUCUAUGGGAGUAUCUAAAAGUUCAAUUCUUGAUUUGAUUGCGAAAGUUAAAUCUUGGAUUUCGUGGGGAACGAGUGGUCCAACUUCCUUGGAUUGCAGAUUAAACAUGGAUGUUGACAGUAGCAAAACUUGUUGGGAAUGCAAGAUGAAGUUUACUGAUUCUUGCAACAAGUACAAUUGCCAAGUUUGCAAUGGUGUUUUCUGCAGUGAUUGUUGUAUGCACAGUUAUGGAUCUUUGGAUGUUGUUACAUCUGGAUCAGAAGGGACAAUUGUUGAUAUAAAGUCUUGCAGGUUUUGUUCUGAGUUAAGGACUUGGAAUAAAGGUGUUGGGAAGUAUAGAGAAAAAUUUUAUCCUUCUGAGUUUCAUGGAGGAAGCUUAGAAUCAACAUCACCAAAUUUCAGUAGUGAUAGAUUUGAUGGUUAUUCUUCACAUACACCAGUUAAGAGUAGUUUUACAACCUUUUCAAGUCAUCCAUCUCUGAUAUCUCUACGUCACUUACCAAGCAGGAGUGCUGAAGACGAAGGAGGGGAUUCAGCAAAUCAAUUUUUUAGUCCGUCGAGUAGCUAUUUUCAUGAUACUCCAGAUAUAGAUUCGAGUAGUGUUAGUACUAGACAUGAAUUUUACAGUUUAAGGUCAGCUGGAUCAAGUCCAUCAGACAGCCCCUCUAGGAUUCGUUUUACUUCCAAUAGAGUUGGGCAUUCUGUACAGCAAGAUCGGAAUGAGACCCUAAGGUCUCUAAAUGAUGGUCCCUUUGAUCAAGAAGCCUCGUAUGUUUUAAGAAGGCUUGAGAAAGGGACGAAGGAUCCAGAGACUGCUGAUGACAGUGUUGAAAAUUUGUCCAAUCACAACCAGUUAGAGAAGCAGCAAAAGCCAUUCGAUCUUAGAAAUAGUGAUCUCAUAUGGUUUCCUCCUCCACCGGAUGAAGAUGAUGAGGCAGAAAAUAAUUUCUUCACAUAUGAUGAUGAGGACAAUGAAAUUGGAGUGUCGGGUGCAAUAUUUUCUUCAAGUGCGAGCCUUACUACCAUGGAUAAAGAGCAUGUCAAUCACAAGGAACCUAUGAAAGCUGUUGUACAGGGCCAUUUCAGGGCUCUAGUCUUACAGUUAUUGCAAGGUGAAGGAAUAAAGUCAGGGAAAGAAAGCGGUGCUGAUGACUGGGUUGACGUAGUUACAUCACUAGCAUGGCAAGCUGCGAAUUUUGUGAAGCCGGAUACUAGUGAAGGAGGCAGCAUGGAUCCAGGUUAUUAUGUAAAGGUUAAAUGUCUAGCUUCUGGAAGCCCAAGGGAGAGCACCUUUGUUAAAGGAGUAGUCUGUACAAAGAAUAUUAAACACAAGCGCAUGACUUCACACUGCAAAAAUGCUAGAUUGCUUUUAUUAGGAGGAUCACUUGAGUACCAAAGAGUUCCCAAUCAGUUGGCAUCUUUUAACACAUUAUUGCAACAGGAAAGAGAGCAUCUGAAGAUGAUUGUUGCAAAAAUUGAGGCCCACCGUCCUAAUGUGCUACUUGUGGAGAAAAGUGUAUCUUCUCAUGCUCAGGAGUAUUUACUGGCAAAAGAGAUCUCUUUGGUGUUGAAUGUUAAGAGACCACUUCUGGAACGGAUAGCCAGGUGCACUGGUGCUCUUAUUACCCCGUCUAUCGAUAACAUAACCACGGCAAGAUUGGGAUAUUGUGAGCUCUUUCACUUAGAAAAAGUUUCUGAAGAGCAUGAACCUUCGAAUCAGUUCAACAAGAAACCAUCAAAAACUUUGAUGUUUUUUGAUGGUUGUCCUAGACGUUUAGGUUGCACGGUCUUGCUGAGGGGUUUGUGUUGUGAAGAGCUCAAGAAGGUGUUUCAGUAUGCAGUCUUCGCAGCAUAUCAUCUGUCCCUUGAGACAUCUUUCCUUGCUGAUGAGGGUGCUAGUCUACCUAAAGUUUCUGUAAUACCCUCAAUUGCCAUACCAGAGAUGGCAUCUGCUGAUAAUGCUAUUUCAGUGAUUUCUCAUACUGCUUCCCCAACAAGACAUCGGAGAGUUACUAAUGACCCACAUAAUCGUGUUGGAUCUUCCAGCUGCAAUGUGGACAUUGGUUUACCAGCAUCAUUGGUGGAGCAUCAUUAUCCUCCUUUUAAAAGUCCACCUAGGCUAGAUGAUUCUGUAGGCAGAAAUGUUCUCUCUACUGCAUGCCUUGAAAAUUUACCAUUGUUUCAUACACAUGUACCUGUUGAAUCUGUUGAAAUAAAAAGUCAUAACAGUGAAGAAUCAGGAGUAACUUUAGGUCAAGGGGAGAGUCAACUAAGAGAAUCACCAGAGCUGUCAAAGCUUGAGAUAUCAGAUGAAAUUGAACCCUCUAAUGAAUUAUAUUCAGCUGCUGACAGUCAUCAAAGCAUAUUAGUAUCAUUUUCAAGUCGACGUAUUCUAAAUGGAAGUGUAUGUGAACGUUCUCGGCUUCUUCGCAUAAAGUUUUAUGGCUCUUUUGACAAGCCACUUGGACGAUAUCUUCAGGAUGAUCUUUUUGGUCAGAUUCCUUCCUGUCAAGCAUGCAAGGAGCCAGCCGAGGACCAUGUCAUUUGUUAUACGCACCAUCAAGGGAACCUUACUAUACAUGUUAGACGGCAACCAUCAGUAAAGCUACCUGGGGAGUGGGACAACAAGAUAUGGAUGUGGCAUCGAUGCCUCAAAUGUUCACAUAUAGAAGGAGUACAACCAGCAACUCGCAGAGUAGUAAUGUCAGAUGCUGCUUGGGGACUCUCAUUUGGGAAGUUCUUGGAACUUAGUUUUUCAAAUAAUGCAACUGCCAACCGUGUUGCUAGCUGUGGUCAUUCUCUCCAAAGGGACUGCCUCCGGUUUUAUGGGUGCGGAAGUAUGAUUGCAGUCUUCCGCUAUUCUCCUAUUUAUAUUCUGUCAGUUCAUCUACCCCCAUCAACUCUUGUGUUCAGUAGCUACAAAGAGCAGGAGUGGUUACAGAAAGAAACAGAUGAGCUACUGUGCAAAGCCAAAACCUUGUAUGCAGAGAUAUCCAGUGCUUUCCGCAGGGUUGGAGAGAAAUAUUCCUCUUUAGAACACAAUCUAUCUGAUAAAACUGAGCUGGAUGACUGCAUCAUGGAGUUAAAAGACUUACUUAUGAAAGAAAAGAGCGAUUACCAUGACUUGCUUCAAACUGCUGAUGCAGAAACUUCUGAACGAGGCAAAGCAUCGGUUGACAUUCUUGAACUUAAUCGCUUGAGGCAUUCCCUCGUGAUUGCUUCACAUGUUUGGGAUCGCCGGCUUUUAUCUGUGGAAUCUUUCCUCCAAGAGAGCUUUGGUUCAGCGGGUUCAGAGGAUAUUGGAUCUUUUAGUGAGGUGAUAGAUUGGAGAAAUGACAUGUUUCUGAAGAAUGACCCUCUCAAGCAUGUCUAUGAAGAGUCCGAACCUGAAUACUCAAAUUUAGAUGAAUAUCCUGAGAAAUCAUUUCAGUCUGAACAGGAGGAGACUCAUGAGUCACCUUGUGGACUGGAAGACUCCAUGUUUACCUCAUGCGAGUUCGAGAAAACGCAGGAUAUGCCGGUGGAAGGAGAGAAUGCAGUUAAUGGGACAUCCUUGGAACGAGCUCCUUCAGCUGGUUCUGUUCUUUCUGAUCAGAUAGAUUCUGCUUGGACUGGUACUGAUCGAUCUCCCAAAAAAGCUCAGUUAAAUAUGACAUUACAAAGAAAUGGAUCUGAAGCUGCUCCUUUCAGGCACCUGAGUCAACUUGACUAUCCUACUAUUGCAAGGCUAAAAUCACCAGCAAGAGUUAACUCCUUCGACUCUGCAUUGAGACUACAAGAAAGAACCAGGAAGGGUUUGCCGCCUUCUUCACUGCAUUUAUCAGCAAUUAGAUCUUUUCAUGCUUCUGGAGACUAUAGAAAUAUGAUCAGAGAUCCAGUUUGUAGUGUUCAGAGAACUUAUUCUCAAAUGUCUCCCAAUGAUGCUCAGAAGUUUAAUCUCCUAAUGAAUUCAUCACCCUCAUUUAUUUCUUAUGCAGCUCUUACACAUGAUGGAGCCAGGUUAUUGGUUCCACACCAUGGCUUCAAUGACAUUGUAGUAGCUGUUUAUGACAAUGAACCUUCUAGCAUAAUAUCCUAUGCUCUUACUUCCAAGGAGUAUAAGGGCCGGGUAACUGAUAAGCCAAAUGUACCUGAAGCUGAAAGGGGUUGGAACGUGAAUGGCACCAGGAAGGAGGAUGGUGUGGCCUCUAAUGUUUCAAGAUGGCAGUCUUUUGGCUCUUUAGACAUGGAUUAUAUCCGUCACGGAGGCGGAGGCUAUGGUCCGGAAGAUGCUUCCAGUACAAUUAAUUCCUUCUUUGCAAAUUCCAAGACUUCCCCACACCUAAGGAUCUCUUUUGAAGACGAAUCUUCAAAUGCUGGGGGAAAGGUGAAGUUUUCUGUCACUUGUUACUUUGCUAAGCAGUUUGAUGCUCUCAGGAAGAAAUACUGUCCUGAUGAACUGGACUUUAUACGAUCUUUAAGCCGUUGUAAGAGAUGGACCGCUCAAGGCGGAAAGAGCAAUGUUUAUUUCGCUAAGUCAUUGGAUGAAAGAUUCAUAAUAAAACAAGUUCAGAAAACUGAGUUAGAAUCUUUUGAAGAAUUUGGACGGGACUACUUCAAAUAUCUAACAGAUUCUGUUAACUCAAGAAGCCCAACUUGCCUUGCUAAAGUUCUGGGAAUAUAUCAGAUUUCAGUCAAAUACUUUGAAGGAGGCAGGGAGACAAAAAUGGAUUUGAUUGUGAUGGAGAAUCUCUUUUUUGGAAGAACUAUAUCUAAGGUCUAUGAUCUUAAGGGUUCUCUACGAUCCCGUUACAAUGCAGACAAAACUGGGGCAAACAACGUGCUGUUGGACUUGAAUCUUUUAGAAACGUUGCGCACCAAACCUAUAUUUCUUGGAAGCAAAGCAAAAAGAAUCCUGGAGAGAGCUGUUUGGAAUGAUACAUCCUUUUUGGCGUCGGUUGAUGUGAUGGAUUACUCUUUGCUAGUUGGGGUGGACGAAGAGCGCAAGGAGCUAGUCUUAGGGAUCAUUGAUUUCAUGAGGCAAUAUACUUGGGAUAAGCACUUGGAGACAUGGGUUAAGGCAUCUGGCAUACUUGGGGGACUAAAGAAUGCAUCACCAACUAUUGUCUCCCCGGAACAAUACAAAAAAAGAUUCAGAAAAGCGAUGACAAGCUAUUUUCUCACUGUGCCUGAUCAAUAGUCAUCUUAAAUUCAUUACAAGAACUUCCUGUCAAUAAGCAAAACCAAAUUGGUUUUUGCAAAUAACAGGAAAGAAAGUUGAUAAAUUCCAGUUAGUCCAUUAUCUUCUUUUUCUAGUGUAGGAUAGAAAUCAAAUAGCCCCUUAAGAGGGUAUGGAAAUAGGGAACUUGUAUCCGUGUAUUGAGAAAUCUGGCAAAAUGUACAUUUGACCAUUUGUACAUUUACAGGCUUCAUCAAGCAAAUUGAUCAAGCUUCUUUUUGGCAAA